AUGGAUUUUGAGCCGUUGACGAUAAUUGGCGAGAUUAGAUGCGUGUGUGGGGCUACGUCAGUUGGGGGCUACCGUGGACAGUGGCUCGAAUGCUGGAAAGAGGACUGCGGUGUCUGGGAGCAUGCCGACUGCGUCGGGUUCCUGACAGAUUGUGAAACUAAGCUGCCACCGAAGUAUCUGUGCACACGUUGUGAUCCCGAGGCAUAUUUGGCGCGUUGUGUACAAGCCUCCAGGAGAAUUCUGGAUUGGUUGUUUCAAUGUUGCGACAGCAGGAACUCGAAGCAGUUGAUGGAGUUGCUGGAAGACAAAACAGGAGCGACGAACAUUCCUCCUGAUUGGAAAAACCUGAAGUGCGAGGGCAGGACUCUCGCGAUGCAGGCUGCAAGGAACGGACUUGCCAAGUGCCUCCGCUAUUUAAUGGAAGAACGCAAAGCUGAUAUUUUCGCGACGGAUUCACAGAGUCGCAAUGCGCUGCAUCACGCUGCGAUAGGGGGUUCAGUGGUUUGCUGUCGGAUACUCCUGAAGCACGAUAGGAAGCUGCUGCUCCAUCAAGACUUACGGGGCUGCACACCUUUUCAUUGUAUGCUCCGAUCGGCCAGGGUCAAUCAGCUUUGCCUCCCCCUUAUCCGGGAGGACGCAGCAUUAAUCGGGAUGGGCGAUUUGCACUCCAACUUUCCUAUUCAUUACGCGUGCCAGGCUGUUAACAACUACACCGUCAAAAUCUGCCAAGUUAUCUUUGCAGCUCAGCCGUCGAUGCUUCAAGAGAAGUCUGGUGAGGGCUUAUAUCCGCUGAUGAUUUUUGCAAAGGAUAUUAUCGCGAUGAUGCUUGAUAUGGACGUGUUUGGAGAUUGCUUGAACGAAAAGGCUCCGAAUGGCUGGUUCCCUCUUCAUUUUGCUGCAGCAUCGGGUAACCACGAGCUCACUGGACUCACAGCUCUCCACAUUGCGGCUCAAGAAAACCAUGCGCUGUGCGUUCGAGCUCUUUUGCUGGAGGGAUUGAAUGUGGUUGCUAAGGACUCUGAUGGCUGGGUCCCCAUUUUACACGCAAAGAACCCUGCAAUUAUCCAAGAGUUCAUGCAUUACAAGCUAACCAAACAGCUUUCACGACUACACCGGAUGCUGGGCAAGUAUCAGCAAAGAGGGUUGGUGCGUCAGUGGCAGCAGCGCGUCGCACGAGACCCUACUUGCUUUGAUAUUCUAAACGACUGGUGCCUGUGUGAUCCUGAGCGGAUCGAGCGAAUGGAAGGACUUAUGCUGUCGAACCCGUUUUUGCUUCGCCUGGACAACAAGCUCGAGUAUAAAAAGCUUGCGUUUGUUUUUUCACGUGAGAGUGGGUGCUUCUGGAAGCAGUUCGUUGGCGUGGGAAUGAGGUUGGAGCCGGAAGACUUCCGCUUGCCGAUAAUAUUCUCCAUCGGACGGGGCAGCACAAACAGUCAAGGCCUCGAGAAUCGUGAGGGCAAUCUGAAGCUUGUCCUAAUCCGAUUAGCAGCGGGGUUGCUGAAAGAAAUGCCAGGGUUGCUCAUGCGCAGCCACAGUGGCGAUCUCGAAGUGAAUCCACUUUCGGGGGUUAAGCAAGAGCUGGAUAAGCAAUUGCUCGGGUAUUACUUGCUGGGCGAGCUGGUAGCACAUUUUGUGCUCUUCGCCGUGCCUAUUAGUGGGAUUCUCGACUUUGGUCCUGCCUUUUUGCGCUGCAUCGGCUGCAAAGGGAAGUUCAAGUUGGCCAGUGAUGAACCUUGGGAGAUGGCUGGUCGUUCUUUUGCCGCGGGGUUUGAAGCUGUGCUUCCGGCCACUCUGGAACUUUUCCACGCUGACGGUCUUCGCGUGCUAUUCAACGGCCCCGAAACGAGUCUGAAUAUUCGUCAAAUUGAUUGGAACACCGCAGUUCGAUGGGAUAUUAGCGGAUCUGAAACAUUGUCCGGCGAGGAUAUCGAGAACGCAAAGGCGUUGAUGCCUCGCCUGAUGAACGAACUUGUCCACGAGGAGCAGCAACUCCUCCUGCUGUUCAUGACUGGCACAUUCCAGUUGGUGAACGAAUACUUUUUCCGGUCUGAAGGCGAGUCUGGUCGUAUUACUAUCGCACUGUGCCCCGAGAGCGGUACUGGAUUGGAAUCCGACGCCGUGUAUCCUACGAUGGAGCACAAUCCAGAUAUAUUACGUCUUCCAUCGUAUAGUUGCUAUGAAGCUUUCAAGAAGGCGAUGCUAACUGUGAUCCGCCACGUUGACCAGGCGUUCCUACCCGAGUAA